AUGUUACCCAACGAGGUAAUCCCGCUGCAGGAUGGCCGAUACGAACAAAAAAUCCAGGUUGAUCGGCGGCGACUAGAAGCUAUGAUAACCGGUGCUCCUACAAACCACAAGGACUUCAUAUUUGCAGAUGCCGAAGAUUUUUUCAACAAGGUGAAAUCUUGCUCAGGUGCUGACGUGUGUUGGCCGUCACAGUUGAAAAUUGGUGCGAAAACGAAGAAAGAUCCAUUUGUGAAGGUUAUCGGAACACCCUAUGAGAUUGAUCAAGCCAAAAAAUACAUAUGUGCAGCCCUUCAAGUUAAA